AUGAUAUCAGAUGUAGAACUGACAACCAAAGUAUGCAAGAACCUGAGGUCAGCUAUCAACGAUGAUAUAACUGUGGACAAACUUGUAGAGUGCGAAGUAAGUAAAGGAUUUCUGUGUGGACCAUACAAACAACUGCCUUUUCACUCUUGUAGAGUCAGUCCCAUCGGUGUCUCCUAUGGGAAGUAUUCGGGGAAACCCAGGCUCAUAGUAGACCUUUCGUCACCUCAUCAGGAUGAACAACACCCUAGUGUCAAUGGCUUAAUUAGCAAAGAAGAAUGUUCCCUAUCAUAUGUACGUAUUGAUGACGCAAUCAAUCUUAUUCAACAACUAGGCAAUGAUACUACAAUGUGUAAAACGGAUAUAUCGGACGCAUUUAAGUUAAUGCCUAUACAUCCAUCACAGUGGCACUUGUACUGUAUAGGUUGGAAAGGCAGCUUCUACUACUAUACUAAGCUAGCUUUUGGGUGUCGGUCCAGCCCCAAGAUCUUUGACAAUCUUUCAACAGCCAUAUGCUGGAUUGCUAAAAACAUUUAUGGCAUCAACCAUAUUUUACAUCUGCUGGAUGAUUUCAUCACAUUUGAAGAACCGGGAAAAUGUGGUGACAGAAAUAUGUCUAUGUUGUAUGUCAUCUUCAAUAGCCUAAAUAUACCGAUGGCUCUACAUAAGACUUGCGGACCAAACACAGUGAUGGAGUACCUCGGUAUCAUUCUGGACUCUCAUAAAAUGGAAGCUAGACUGCCGAUAGAUAAACUUCAGCGAGAUACAGAGAUACUCUGA